AUGAACAGUUAACAAGCGCACAUCGUGUUCAGUCGACCGAUGAUCAUUAUUCAACGAAGGUGCAAGUCAUAACUAUAUCGUUAUGUUGUUUAAGUUCCAGUUACUAUCCAUAGGAAUUUUAAUAUUCCUAAACACUUUAAAUAAUUGUAAUGGACAAUCACCGGAUAAUACUGUAAAAAAAAUAACAGGAGUUAUUAAAAAUUCAGUGACAGGCGUUCAAAAUUCUACCACAUUGAUAGUACACAAUGUUAAAGAUAUUUGUGAAAAGAUUGGUGAUUGUGUGAAACAAAGUGGGACCAAAGUAGUAAACAAAACUGUUACGAUAACAAAAGAAUCGCUACAAAAUGGAGCCACUGUGGUGAACAAAACUAUCACGACAACCAAAGAGACACUUAAAAGAAUCCCAUUAAAAUCUAUUGAAGAAAUAAUAAAAAAAGCUAAAUGUGUGAUACCCAAGAAUGCCGAUAACAUCCUCAGAGCUGCAUUACUUCAACAGUGUAUUUCACCCAGUCUUGGUUUUGGGAACGAAACUAGAUGUUUUGAAGAACUUGGUUGUUUCUCAAUGGAACAUCCUUGGUCUUCAAAUUUAAGACCUUUUCCACAACCUAUGAAUCCUGAAGAGGUAGAAGUGAAAAUCUACUCAUAUACUAGAAAACAAAAUGCUCGAUACACUGUACAAUUAUGGCCGAAUAUUUUAUUAGAAGGAUCGGAUUUCGAUCCUAAGAGGCCAUUCACUGUAUUUAUAGUGCAUGGAUUUAAUAGCGACGGAGAAAAUCAAUGGAUGUCUGGUCUUAAAGAUGCAUAUUUAAAACAACGUGAUGCAAAUAUUUUCUUAGUUGAUUGGGGAAAGGGAUCAAAGAAAUUUAAUUAUUUACAAGUAGCUUCAAACACAAGGAUUGUCGGUGCAGAAUUAAUUAGGCUUGGAAAAUAUCUCAUCGAUCAUUAUCAACUGGACCCACUGAAAAUUCACGUAAUGGGUCAUAGUUUGGGUGCUCAUAUAUCCUCAUAUUUUGGUAAAGGCAUCCCUGGUUUGAGCCGAAUAACAGCAUUUGACCCAGCUCAACCAGGAUUUGAAGGUUGUCCGAGAGAAGUACGGUUAGAUAAAUCAGACGCUCAUUUUGUUGACGUUAUACAUACUAGCUGUAGACCCACAGUUCCAUUUUUAGGUUUUGGACUUAUCAGUCCCGUAGGCCACGUGGACAUUUAUAUGAAUGGUGGUUUCAUACAGCCUGGAUGUACUUUACCUCCAAUAAAUGAAGUGAAAUUAACGAGUAUUUCAGAUUUAGCUGCUAUUCCUGCUGAUGUACUCGGGACUUGGGUUGCUUGCUCUCACGGAAGAUCGUUUUCAUACUUCACAGAGUCAUUAGACGACAAUUGUACAUUCUGGGCUCAGAAAAUAAAAUUAUUUUCUGCUCUUACAAAUGCUGCAACCGUCGGACAACUCGCGCCAAUUCUGAUGAAUAUUGACAAAUGUCAAUUUAAUGAAUGUGUACCAUUAGGUUUAAAUACUGAUCAAUAUCCAGGUAGAGGUGUUUUUAUUGCAGGAACUGCAUUUUUUGAACCAUAUUGUAAAAGCAAUUUGGAAACGGAUCGGCUUAUGCGGAAGGCAUUUAAAACGAAGAAAUAAAAAAUUGGAAUACAUCAUAUAACAUAGGUAACAUCGUGUACUUCAUCAGCCGCGUCAUAGCGUUAUUUUAUGUAAAUCACUCAGUAUUGUACACAACGUUUAACACUGUAUAAGCAACAAUUUGAAACAUAUGACAAUAAUACCUAUAUAUACAAUACACACAGUAUUCAUAAUACAGCGAAAUAUUCUCAAAGAUACAUAUGGUAAUACAAUUAUUUAAAAUUACGUUUGUUGUUAAAAACUAUGUAUAAGUAUAUAUAACUUUUGAACAACUAUACUAUGUAUAAUUUAAUAUUAUUUUUAUAAAUAAUUCAAUCAAACACAUUCCUGAUUAUUUUUAUAUGAUGAGAAUAUCUCUCCAUAUUUAUUUCUUUUAUAUUUUUCUAAUUUUAUUAUUUAUUAUUCAUUAUAAGUAUUUGUUAGUUAACCUGAAUAAAAUAAAAAUAUUUAUAAUUAA